GUAGGAGCCGUGAUGGGGCGAAUGCUUGGGGUGGGCGUAGAACAGCUGGUUGUCUUCCAUGCUCACCAUCCCCUUGUGCAGCGUAUGUGCAAGUCCAGUCAUCCCUGCAUAAACCCCGGCCUGUACGCUCUCGUGGGAGCAGCUGCAACCCUCGGCGGCGUCACUCGAAUGACCAUUUCGUUGGUUGUUGUCAUGCUAGAGCUUACGGGCGGAUUGACCUACAUCAUACCGCUCAUGGUUGCUGCCAUGGUAAGCAAAUGGACCGGCGACCGACUCACUAACGGUAGCAUCUACGAGGAGCACAUUCAUCUCAACGUAUAUCCUUACCUUAGCAGUCGCGACGAACUGACAACUAUGUCAAUCGCAGCUGAUGUUAUGCAACCCAGACUUCAGACAACGCCACUGCUUGUGGUCACUCAAAAUUCCAUGACUAUCGGUGAUCUUGAAUACCUCCUCUCCUCCUCUACAAUGCGUGGCUUCCCUGUCGUGGUCUCGGAGUCUUCUCAGUAUCUUGUUGGCUGGAUCACUCGCAGAGACCUUACGCGGGCCCUUGACCAAGAAAAAUUGUACAACCCUGAUGUGGCCGCCGAGUCGGAAGUGUGGUUCACGGAUUGUUCUCAAAGCGGUGAUUUUAGUUUCCCUGAACGCGUGGCUAACCUCUCUUCUAUUGUUGACCUGUCUCCGAUCACGGUGACGGACCAAACACCAAUGGAGACCGUACUUGACUUCUUCCGAAAACUGGGACUUCGUCAAGUCCUAGUUACGAAAAAUGGGUGA